GAACACAUUCACCAAUUACAUGCUGGACCACAGCUCCUUCUUGCUUGCGUUAGACAGUAUGUGUGGCCUAUUAAUGGUCGGCACCUCGCCAGGAAAACUGUUCAUAACUGCAUUUUGUGUAAAAAGACACAGGGUAAGACCUUAUCACCCUUAAUGGGGAAUUUGCCAUCACAGCGCGUUACGGUGGAUUUGCCAUUUCGUAGUGUAGGAAUAGAUUUUGCUGGACCUUUGCUUGUCUUAAAUAAGAAAGAGCGCGGAGGUAAGACUACUAAAUUAAACUAUUUGUGUAUUUUUAUUUGCUUAAGAUACAAAUGUGUCCAUUUGGAGGCUGUCAGUGAUCUCUCGAAGGACUCCUUCAUCCUUACUUUACGUAGAUUCAUAUCUCGCCGGGGUAGGCCUGCAGAAAUAUUUAGCGAUAAUGGUCGCAACUUCGUAGGAGCAGCUAAGGAAAUAAGUAACUUCUUAAAACUUAAUCGCAAGUCAAUUCUAGAUUUUUCCAAUGAAGAAGAAAUUAAGUUUGUCUUCACUCCUUCGUACGCUUCCCACUUUGGUGGCAUUUGGGAGGCCGGGGUCAAGUCGGCAAAACUUCACAUGAGACGUGUGAUGGGCAACACACAUUUAACUUUCGAGGAAUUAUCCACAUUGUUUGCACAAGUGGAGGCCGUUUUAAAUAAUCGCCCACUUUAUCCUAUGUCCACCGACCCAAAUGACCUUCUUUUCCUUACCCCAGGGCACUUCCUGCUUGGACGGCCGCUGACUGCUUUACCUUCACCGAGCUUAGAAGAUUGCAAGGCCUCUCAAUUGAAGCGAUAUCAGCGGAUAGAACAAAUCCAGCAGCAUUUUUGGCGUAGAUGGCAGAAGGAGUAUUUGUCCGAACUCCAACAAAGAUCAAAAUGGAGGACUAAUGACUCUUCCCUGAACGUUGGUGAUCUAGUACUGCUAAAGGAGAACAACCUGCCACCACUAUGGUGGCGUAUGGGCCGCAUCAUCAAACUCUUUCCUGGCCCUGAUGGUGUAAGCCGUGUAGCUGACGUUCAAACUACCCAUGGAUGUUACCGGAAGUUCAGACGACUAUGCCCCUUACUAGCCGCGGAGGAACUCAUUGAGAGUUAAAAUUCGGAGACUUUUAACGGCCGGGAAGAUGUUCAGGCGUAUAAAAACGUGCACGGCGGUACUUCACAACGCGUCAAUAUUUUUCUA